UAAGAAUGUUGCAUGAAAGCCCACCGACUAAUGUAGUGGGUUUGGUGAAAGAUAAGUGUAUGUGUGUGUGUGUCUGUCGCGUUACCAUCAUUUUCUCUCCAUCUGUAAACACUGUAAGAAUCGAACUGGAGUCUCGCGACGGACGCGCGGCCCCGUGCCGAAGGAGUUAAAUGUUGGAGGCGUUGUCACUCGACCCCCUCCCUCGUGCACUGACCACGUCCCACCACCGGUACAAGCGAAGCGGAGGGAGGAAGGAAUGCUGCACAGCAGCGCGAGGCUCUCGACAGCGCGCGCCGCACUCCACGCGCCCCGGAGAGAUCGCCGUGCGCAGUGAGCACGCGGCGUUAGCGCGCGCUGCUCGGCCAGUACCCCCCACCCACCACCUCACCUGCCGUGCCCCUCGCCAUGGAUCGCCUUACUCUCUUACUGCUCCUCGGUUUCCUGCACGUGGUGCGCGGGCAGCGCUCGGUGGCACGCGAGCACAGCGGACCUUGGACACAGAGAGUCCAGUGGACAAACAACGGCCACGUGUUCAACCUGCUGAGCACCGGCUCCCGGUACCAGGUGCCAGAGGGACCGCGGGGCCAGGCGCGGGUCUCCGUAACCCGGCAGAGCGUGAGAGCGCUGGCCCCCGCAGCCCCGAUGGGAGCGACACCCGACGGGACGGUAGGUGCGGGACGGCAGCGGGCGCAGAGGGUCGCGGGGCCCCCGGGGGCUCGGCGCGGAUUCCCCGCGGGGCAAGCGGCACAACCGCGGGGUGGCGAUGUCACCUGGGAGUCUGGGCAGGGUGCGACCGGGCGGGCUCCCGGGGAUGGGAGGAGCGAGCAGCACGGGGGACGCCUUGCGGAGGACAUGCUCGGGGACGAUCCACGCAACCCGCUCAACAGCCACAGAAACGCGGUUUUCUACGACAUGUACCCCUCUGGCAGGAGGAGAGCCUCCGGCCACGGCACCGGCUACUUCCAGCACGGGCUGCCCGACCUCGUCCCCGACCCCUACUACAUUCAGGCGUCCACCUACGUGCAACGAGUCCCCAUGUACGCGCUGCGCUGUGCCGCCGAGGAGAACUGCCUUGCCAGGUCAGCGUACAGACCCGGCGUCAGAGACGUCCACCACAGAGUGCUGCUGCGCUUCCCCCAGCGCGUCAAGAACCAGGGCACGGCCGACUUCCUGCCCUUCAAGCCCCGGCACCAGUGGGAGUGGCACAGCUGCCACCAGCACUUCCACAGCAUGGACGCCUUCAGCAACUACGACCUGCUGGAGGCGUCCGCGGGACGAAAGGUGGCCGAGGGACACAAGGCCAGCUUCUGCCUGGAAGACACGAGCUGCGAGCCGGGCUUCCGACGCCGCUACGCCUGCACAGCACACACACAGGGGUUGAGUCCCGGUUGCUAUGAUACGUACAAUGCCGACAUCGACUGCCAGUGGAUCGACAUCACGGACGUUCCUCCGGGGCGCUACGUCCUCAAGGUGAGCGUGAACCCCACGUUCCAGGUGCCCGAGUCCGAUUUCUCCAACAACGUGGUGAGAUGCGACGUCGUUUACACGGGCUCCUACGUCCAGGCGCGCAACUGCAGGAUAACCGGAGGCUGAGCUCAAGAGGCUUUGUGGGUGCGACGCCUUGCAGAGCGGGAUCCCGAAGGAAAUGCCUUCGCGAUGCUGCUCAGCAGAACCAUCUCGACAUGCUUCGUGUGACACGUCUUUAGGACAUUGUUAGUGCUGUGUCCAAACCGUUGUAUAUGAGCCAGCAGAAGUACCGCAGUCGCGGCCAACAUUACCACAAGGAAUCCGCUCAUCAGAAACCGACUCUGACCUGGAGCGGCGGCGGUCGCAUGUGCCGGCUUUCCCUCCGAAACAGAACAGACUCACGAGUGCUGUUUUUGUGUUGUCCGUUCAAUAGUGAUUUUGCUACAAUUAUGACUGUUCUCCUCUGCAUGUCGGUGUCUGUGAAUGAAGCACUGACCGACCUUAAGAUGAAGCUUAUUUUAAACACCCACAGGUAUUUCUAUAUAUAGUGUAUCCAGCUUGAGAACUGUCAGAUAUUUAAACAUGUAUUCACUGUAGUGUACGUACGCCCUCAUGACAGCGCACUCUUUUACUCUUCAUGCACUACUUUAUGCGCUCCAACUGCUCACAACAGCUGUUUGCUCCUGAAAUAAGUGUCUUCGGACUCGUGAUGUAAAGUCAUGCUUGGCGCCGGUUUCCCUCUGUUACACGCAUGACGUGCGCUGAGCCACAGAGGUGUGGGACGCUACUUGUGCGCUUUACUUGCAAUAAAGG